UUCAACCAUACUGUAUAUAUAAAGAGUUGACUGUUUCAAAAAUAUAUUUAGGUUAGGUUUUUAUUCAGUUUUAACUAAUUAUUUCAGUUUUAAGUAAUUAUUUUUGAUUUGGAAAAAUGAUGCAAUAUUUUCAAAAACUUGAAUGCAAAGGAGAAACGUAUGAGAUAAGGCAAGCCUUAGAAUUGAUAACAUUGACUGUGAUGAAUGAUUAAAUCUAGAGCAAUGAGAAUUUAUUCAAAACUUUCCACCCGUCAGUCCCAAAACUGUCCUUUUCAUAAAAUGUAAUAUAUAUAGAUAUAUAGUUUUUUUGUUGUUGUUGUUUUUUUUUAAUUAAAUCCUGUCUGUAAACUGACAUACAUUUCAUCCCCCAUAUAUGCCUUGAGGGUUAUCCAAUUGGGCCAAACCUGCAGAAGCCCUCAGCCAAUCAGGGCCCUUGUUGAUGUGGUUCUCAGCCACCCCCACCACCUCAUGUGUGUUUUCUGCACGAGUGUUAAUGAAUACCUGUUGUGUGUCAAUGAUGAUGGGCCUUGUUUAAAACCUGGCUCCAUUCCGUCCGUCACAGCAGUUUGUCUCAGGGAGUCUAGCCACACACACACAUUGAGCACAGGUGGACCAUCAGUCAUCCUCCCGGUCCCUCAGAAUCCCCCAGCUGGAUCCGCAGUGAGACUUGUCGCCAAGGCAACCACAGGACAAGAGAAGAGUCAAGUCAUGGCCGGACCGAGGAUGACAAGUUUCUCCGCCACACUGGUCACCGCUCUGCUGGCUGCCACGGCGAUGCUGAUGCUGCUGCCAGCCGACGUGUCCACUGGGCCGGUCGCCGGCAAGGCCAAAAGAGAUGCGGGGGAGAGCAUCCAGGAGAAGGCGGCGGCGGCGGCAUCCCAUAGGAGGCUGAUCCGCAACCGCAGGAACAUCAGCUGGUACAAGCAGCACUCGGACUUCUGGAGCUGGUACAAGUACUUCACGGACAACGGCAACCAGGAGGCAGUUCAGGAGAUGGACCGCAUCUACCUGGCCUACCUCCAGAACAAGAACCGCGCAGAGGGCCGUCGCUCCUACAAAGCCUACCUGCGCCACCUGGGGGAGAUCUACAAGUCUUGUGCCGACUCGGACGACCCAAACUGUGUGGCCUCCUACACCAGCAGGCCCAAGCCAGAGCCCCCAAAGCCCGCACCAGUCAAAACCUGUGACCCAACCAAAGAUGCCUACUGCCUGUACGCCGCCUUGGUCUCAGGCAAGAGUCCAUAUUUGCCACUAGUGCUGCCCGCCGCAAGCCCUGCACCUGCUCCCGUGAAGGCUCCCGCCCCUCUCUACGUGCGCUCUGCCCCAGCUAAAGACCCGCAGUCAGGUUACUACUACUACGCACCGUCAUCAGUGUCUUUCCUUUCUAAGGAGCAGAAGGCUGAACUUCUGCGUAUCUGCGGCGCCGAGGACGUCGAGUGUUUGCAAUACCACCUGAGAGCCGCCUAUGGUUACUCACCCUCUGCUGGCGCUCCACCCUCCUACGCCCACCUCGGCUGUGACCCACAGAAAGACCCUGCCUGCAAACCCCAGAUGAUGCAGAAGGCCCCCUCUGGCCUCUAUCUGAAGUACCCCAACUGUGACCCACUCAGGGAUCCAUACUGUGCCUACGCCGCCUCCCUAGUGGCACCCCGGGCCCCCAACCUCCCUGCCCCUGCUGGCCCGGGAUCCUGCAACCCCCUCUUUGAGGAUGGCUGCAACCCUCUCACCGCCACCAAAUUUGCCACACCCCCAGAGGCGUACAAACAAGAGGAAACCGAGGAGGCCGCUGCCCUUCGUGCCCCUCCCCCUGUGGCCGAGCACUACAACGAUCCCUAUGCCAUGUAUAGGGAUGCUUAUGCUAACCCUAACAGAGUUACCGAUCAUUACGCCAUGCACCGCCAGGCUAGCGCCCCUGCUUCACCGCCAGCCAAUGACCCGUAUGCAAUGCUGCGCCGCUUCAUGGCUCACGCUCAGGGCACCGACCCAUACGCCCCAAGCAUGGAGGCGGCGCCCGAGUCCAGCCCCAACGACCCCUUCUCCGCGAUGAGAGAGCCCACCGCUGGGAUCCACCGCCACAGUCCUCACGCCCCCAGGCACCAAUACCCAUUCUCUCAGCCCAAUUAUGAGGAGCCCAUCCGGGAGGAGCGCCACCCUCUGGGCCCCCCAGGAAAAACCAAGGAGGGCUACGACUGCUUCAUCGGCUACGACCGUGAGUGCUACCCGUUGAAGCCCGUCGAGCCUCGACCCAACGCUCACAACCGCAUCCCCUUCCCCGCCGAGGCCUACGAGCCUCACCUGAACGCCGACGGCACUCGCAGCGGUGUCCUGGAACCUGCCAACCCCCACUGCGACCCCGAGUACGACCGGGACUGCCGCCUGCGCCGCUUCGAACAGGCCGAGCCCAAACCCGAGCCCAAGCCCGAGUCCAGCCAGGCGGAGGUGGCGGGGAGCGAGCGGCAGCAGGAGCAGGACCCCUACGAGGCUGAGCCAUACCAAAGCGGCCAGGAGGAGCCUCACAUGUCUUACCAGCCCCCAUCGCACGUCAUGCCGAGCCUCCAGGACAUACUGAGACGCUACGGAGACCAGUUCCCUGAGCAGGACGACCACAGAGCCUACGCGGACGACUACCACAAGAAAUAAACACGUGCAUGAGCGUGGAGAUGGACAUGAAAACACAAACACCCUCUCUGUUUGAACGGGACCCAGUAUGGGCCACAUGACAGAAAUCUAUGGACCCCAUGAACAAGAGAGCAUCUUUAGCUCCGCUAAUGCUUUGCUUCCAGCAGACCUCCACCAAGCACUGGAAUGACUUCUCAAUGCUACGCUUUGCUUCACUUAAAUAGCCAGUGACCACU